AUGUCGCGACAUGGCCAUCGCGUGCGUAACAAAACGCGACACCGCUCCUUUGAGCUAGAAUCCAACAAAACCACAAUGAUUAGCAGACGAAGCUGCCAAAAACGACGUCAAACCGAACCGGCAGUCUGCGAUGCUGCCGCCAAAGUGAUGAUAAUUGAAGAAGACGAAGAUGCCGCUCCUGAGGACUACACCGACUCUAUGGGCUACACGACUUACCACGAGUCGUCACGACGUCCAUCCGAUUUGCCGCUAAGUCCUAUGCUAACCAUAGAUGAAAAUCACGAAACGAUUAUCCCGCCGGUUAAUGGUGAUUGCAAAAUGUGCCCUAAUGAUGAUACGUGCUCUAUUAAGGUUAUUUGUGACACCCUAGAAGCUGACCUCUAA